AUGUACCUUCGAACGUUCGCUGAAAGAAAACAAAAGAACAAUGUGUUCAAAAGUUGGUAUGCGGCCACCACUGAAUUUCCACCAUUGAAGAGCGAGUUUUUCGAAAAUGACACUGUUGUUGGCGAUAGUCAGAAAAACUCUGCAGUCGUCAGCAUGGAUCUCGUUUAUUCAAGACCCCGAACAGUCGACGAUGAUAUCGGAAUGCCUCUAAACCAGCCAAUUUUCACAAAGGAGAAAACGACUUUUUAUAAUUAUGGAAAGCUGUAUCAAAAUUACUACCAGAAUGGAAAAUAA